UGCUAAGAUUCUAUCGCCUGCAGGCCAGAAUUCCUCACUUCACUCUUCCGUUGUCGAUUUCUCUGCAAACCGGUUCUGAAAUGGCGAAUGGAUUCGAAUCAUUUGUGCUUAAUACUGGAGCUAAGAUUCCGUCCCUAGGUUUAGGCACAUGGCAGGCUGAUCCUGGUCUCGUUGGUCAAGCCAUUGCUGCUGCUGUCAAGAUUGGCUAUCGCCAUAUUGAUUGUGCUCAAAUUUAUGGCAACGAGAAGGAGAUCGGUGUGGUUUUGAAGAAUUUGUUCGAAGAAGGGGUGGUGAAACGUGAAGAGUUGUUCAUUACUUCGAAACUCUGGUGUAAAGAUCACGCACCAGAAGAUGUGCCAGAGGCGUUAAACAGAACAUUGUCUGACUUGCAGCUUGAUUAUGUCAAUCUAUACCUUAUUCACUGGCCAGUACGGUUAAAGAAAGAAUCAAGUACGCUUAGUUGUGAGAACUUGAUCCCAACUGAUAUACCGAGCACGUGGAGAGCAUUGGAAGCUUUGUUUGAUUCAGGAAAAGCUCGUGCAAUUGGAGUGAGCAAUUUCUCCACUAAGAAGCUUGGAGAUUUAUUGAAAAUCGCACGUAUUCCCCCUGCUGUGAACCAGGUUGAAUGCCAUCCUUCGUGGCAGCAGAACAAACUGCGCGAGUUCUGUAAAUCAAAAGGAGUUCACCUAUCCGGAUAUUCACCUUUAGGCUCUCCAUCAUCGCUUAAGAGUGAUAUCCUGAAGCAUCCUAUUCUGAACAUGGUAGCAAAGGAACUGGGGAAGACUCCUGCCCAAGUUGCUCUUCGAUGGGGUAUCCAGAUGGGCCAAAGUGUCCUUCCUAAGAGCACAAAUGAAGGAAGAAUCAGAGAAAACUUUAAAGUUUUUGAUUGGUCAAUUCCUGAUGAACUGUUUACAAAGUUCUCUGAAAUUGAGCAGGCUAGGCUACUAAAAGGAGCUUCAUUUGUUCAUGAAACACUAAGUGAAUACAAGACAUUUGAGGAGUUAUGGGAUGGUGAAAUAUGAAAGGUAGAAGGGACCAUCAUUAAUUAUUAUCUUAUUAAUUAAUCUUUUUGUGUCUCCAUUGAACUUUGUCAUGUUGUUAAUUAGUUUUUAAGCUUGCUGUUAUUUGGUUAAUCUGGAUUUGUUUAUAUGGAAAUUAUGUGGCUCGAGGGUAUCUUUAUUGAGAAGUAAGCCCAUUAAUGGA